UAACUAACACGUAAAACACCUCAGUGUGACACAAAUCUACUGGUACUAUUAUAAACUACGAUGGCUUCAAGUGAAGGCGGCGACGGGAAACACAACCCAGCGUUUGACCCGGAUUUGGAUAUUCCGGACAAUCCGGAUCACGAGUUUGCUGAAUUCGGUGCGGGUUGUUUCUGGAGUGUGGAACUGGCUUAUCAACGAAUUGUGGGAGUUGUGAAAACUGAGGUUGGAUAUACACAAGGUCAUACACCAGAUCCUAACUAUAAAUUGGUCUGCACCGGAACUACCAACCAUGUUGAAGUGGUUCGGGUUCAAUUUGAUCCCAAAGUUUGUUCCUACACAGAUCUCUUAACUCGGUUUUGGUCAAAACAUGACCCUACUACCCUCAAUCGCCAGGGAGGUGAUGUGGGUGCACAAUAUAGAUCAGGAAUAUACUAUUACAAUGAAACUCAAGCUCGUUUAGCUCAAGAAUCAAAAGAAGCUAAACAGUUGGAAUAUAAGGGUAAGAUUGUAACUGAAAUACUUCCAGCAAAAAGAUUUUAUAGAGCAGAGGAAUAUCAUCAGCAAUAUUUGGAGAAGGGUGGAGGCCAAGGACCCGGUCAGUCUGCAGAAAAGGGCUGCACUGAUCCCAUAAGGUGCUAUGGUUGAUGAUGACUUGCUCCAACUUCAUCCUAUAUAUUGGCUUUUAUCAGCCAUUUAUUAUGAUUGCCAAUAAGUGAUCAUAUUAGACACAUUCUGCAAUCUGGAUGAAAAUUAUUUCCAAAUUGAUGUUUGAACUAUUGAUGUUUUUAUGUUGUUGUGGUUAAGGUUAACGUUUGAAAAGUUUAUAUUUGAAUAAAAUGUUAUUAAGUUAUAUAAUCUAUGCAUGAAACUCUUGGUCACACAUAAAAGUUUAUAUUUGAAUCAUAUGUUAUUAAGUUA